UCGUGCUGCUAGAGUAUUGGAACAUUGUCUCAAAUUGCGCGUUGCCGCGUCACCGCAUCUCGUGCCCGCCGCCGCCGACUCGCCGUCCGGCAAUGUGCACGGCGUUUCAUGGUCAUCGCCGCCUGUUCAGCCGCCAGCGUUGAAAUGAAAUGCCGCGCGGGCGCAGCGUCCUCGCCCUGCUGUUCCGCGCCACCUCCACCGCCGUCCGCCGCCACCACCCGUGCGCCUUCCCGCUGGUCCUCCACCCUCUCCUCCUCAAGUCCGGACGCGCCUCGCAGCCCCACAUCGCCACGGCCCUCGCCGUCGCGUACGCCGACUCCGGCCAUCUCCCCCACGCGCGCAGGGUGUUCGACGAUACGCCGCACAAGGACCUCGUCCUCUGCAACGCCAUGGUCGCCUGCUACGCCGCGCACGGGCUCUCGCUCCACGCCUGGUCCCUCUUCGCCUCCAUGCGCAGGAGCUGCUCGGACCUCGCCGGCGACGGGUUCACCUUCAGCGCCCUGCUGCGCCCUCCGCGCCAGUACGAUGACGCCGAGCUGCUGCUCAGGCUGGGGGCGCUGGCGCACGGCCUCGUGCUCAGGCUAGGCCACCUCGCGGACGUGGUGGUGGCCACCGCGCUGCUCGACAUGUACGCCAAGUAUGGCCGGGUUGCUGAUGCGCGCCGGGUGUUCAACGCCAUGGUUGUCAGGAACGUCGUCUCCUGGAACGCCAUCAUUGUCUGCUACGGCUGGCAUGGUGAAGGCAAGCACGCCGUGGAGCUCUUCCGGUGGAUGCUGAGGGAUGGGUGCUGCUGCCCAGAGGAACGCACUCUUGCCAGUGUGCUUAGCUCCUGCGCCAAUAUGGCAGCAGCGAACGAGGCUACACAAGUUCAUUCGUAUGCCCAAAAAAGGGGGCUGCAAGGAUUUCUGCAGGUUGCGAAUGCUCUUAUCAUGGCAUAUGGUAAGAACGGUUUUGUUCAAGAGGUGAAACAGAUAUUUGUGAUGACGGACAACCCGGAUAUAGUCACAUGGUCUUCCAUGGUUUCUUCGUACGCGUACCUCGGACAUGCCAAUGAUGCCAUGCAUUUGUUUGAGAGAAUGCUCCAACAAGGCAUACAGCCUGAUGGCAUUGCCUUCCUUGGAGUUCUUUCUGCCUGCAGUCAAGCUGGGCUCAUUGAAGAUGGCUUACGCUAUUUCCUUAUGUUGACGAGGGGCUACCUUAUUGAUCCGAGUCCACAGCAUUUGGCUUGUCUGGUUGAUCUCUUAGGGAGAGCUGGCAGGAUUGAAGAUGCUUACGAUGUUGUAGUCAAACUUUCCUGCGAAAGCAACACUGAUAUUAUUGGAGCAUUCCUUGGUGCUUGCAAGAUGCGGGGCAAUAUCGAGUUGGCAAAGUGGGCUGCUGAUAAUCUUCUGUGCCUGGAGCCACGCGAGGCAGUAAAUUAUCUGCUUAUGUCCAACGCAUUUGCUGCUGCAGGAGCUUGGAAUGAGCUUGCUAAAGUAAGAAGUGAGAUGAGGAACAGGUGUGCUAACAAGGUGCCUGGCUGUAGUUGGAUAGAGAUAGGUGGAACGGUACGGACAUUUGUCUCCAAUGAUAUGGUGCUCCAUCGAUCGCUGGAAAUGCAACAAAUGAUGGAGCUUACUAUUUCACAACUGCAAAAAGAGUGCAAUGAAGAUACAAUUUGCGAGGAUCGAAUUUUAAUUCAACAAUGGCAGUGAUACUUUUCCAUAUAUUAAAUUUACUAAUCUGGAUCACUUUGGCAUCUGCACCAGUUCCAGAGCUUAUUUGUGUGACCGUUCUCAUAAAACUCCUCGGCGUUCCAGCUAGGGCAGGCUCUUACAGGGUAAAAAGUCCUUUGGUGGAGAAAGACACAUUUGUUUGUACUAUGACUUUCCUCUUUUGCUCUGUCCACCAAUUUUCACUUGUUUUUACUUUAAUAUAUGAAAUCUACUCUUACAUAAAGGAUGACCAAAACGAUGUGAAUCGUAAUUUCCAUAAAUUAUAAUGUUGUUUGGAAGAGUGUAUUGCUCUAGCAAUGUUUCAGGUUUAUUUUAAAUUUGGAAGGAGUAUUGUUAUUAGUAUGAAUUUGAACAUAAUUCUAGGUAUUUGUAAUAAAGUCUCUGCUAUAUAAAUAUGUUCCAAGUUGGUUUAGACCUCAUUUCUAAACUGCGAAAUAGGGAAAAUGUCAAAGUUAAUCUAAGAACAUGAAAUGAAAAGCAUUUUCCAACUCUGUCUGUUUUCUGUUGUUUCUUGUGCAGAAAAAUCCAAAGAGGAAAAACUGCAUUGGCUUACUAAGGGUCCUUGCUCGCCAAGGUAACUACUCCCACUACAGCUAAUCUUGUCAACAUGUUGGACUUAUCCUCAAAAUCUCCACGAAGCUUGCAUCAGAAGGACUUUGCCCCUCCCCUAUAUAUAUAGACAAUUCACAGGCAGCAGUAACAAGAAUAAACCGCAUCACAAGACAACCACAACUAGGAGAUACAAAAGAAAAAACAAAGUGUGCUCACGAAGUGAAAGGAGGGAUCCAUAUAUCAACAUAUAAGUUCAGGAUCAAGAUGGUCCUGGGCUUGGAUUGCUUUGGUUUUAUGGCGAGGAAGGCGUCAAAGUCAUCUACGCAGAAAGAAGAUGGAGACACGAUGAAGCAGAAGAACGAUGUGGCAGAAGAAGCAUCCCCAAAGGCUGGUGAGAAGAAGGGGGAUAGGACUGUGGAGAAGAAGAGCAAGGACACAGGGGCUCCCCUUGUGGUACCUCAUUUUCCUCAGCGUUCUACACCUGGCUUGCUCUAGUUUUCUGUUCAGUCUUUAGUUCUGUCUUGGUCUUCUUGCUGAAGCUAAGUAGGCAAUUAGAGUGGAAAUACAUAUGUUGAUUUCAAAGGCAAAUUAGUCAUGUAAUGUGGAUAAUGAGAACUAGCAUGCUGAGUUGUCAGCUGGUUGAUGAUGAUGGAUCUUCUUGUGCCCAAACUUGAGUUGACUAGUGGCCAUAGUUGCUCGAUAAGAACUCAUGUUUAACUCUGUUUCUCUGAAUCAAUGAAUUUUAUAUUCAAAUUUGAGAACAA